AUGGCGUUUUUCAAUUUGCUUAAUAAAGUAGAAUAUGGUUGCGUUUGUGGACUGCUGAAUCCUUUGACGAAAUUAUACUUCUGUCGGCAUUGCCUGAAACUUCGCUGCGGUUUUUGUGUAUGCCACGAGGUUGAUUCGCAUUUUUGCUCCAAUUGCCUGGAGAAUAUUCCUUCGGCAGAGGCAAAGAUUCGCAAAAAUCGCUGCAACACAUGCAACACAUGUCCGAGUUGUCAGCACACUCUUUCGGUGCGCUCGUCGACGUCGACGGUGCCGAUUGGCAAGGAAAUGUCCCCUUCGGUAGAAGCUACGAAGGAUGGAGCACCAUCAGAAGCGAGUGCCGCAGCUGCUAGCACUGCUGUGUCCACCGGUAAACAGGCUUCAAAGAAAAUGUACUAUCUCGCGUGCCUCACAUGCCGUUGGAACUCGCGUGACGUUGGCAUACCGGAUCAAAGUGUCGCCACCGGGCAGUGGCCGGAACCGGAAUACCCAAACGCCACACGAUUUGCGCUGCUGCUCGAGCAUUACCAGUCGGUCGUGCUGCACGAGAAACAAGAGCGGCAGGAGUUGUGGCGUCGCAAGACACCGAAGCAGACCAAAUUUCCUAGUUUGACCGAUCGUACGGGGCUGACUGUUUCGAUGUUCCGUCGCCAAAUGGGAUUACCGGAUGGAAAGGCAUCCAUCAAGGCGACGAUCACGCCGAUCAAGGAGUCGGUUGCAAGGGAUGAACCAGACGAACUUCCCGAUUACUUGUUGACCGCUGAGAUUAAUCUUAAAACGAUUGCAACGCUCCAGCAACGCUUGGCCCAGCCAUCCAAGCAACCGCACACGGUAGCACAGUUGUAUCCGCAACAUAAGGUGCUCUCGAUCAAGCGGUCGCUACGGUGUCGGCAGUGCGAUCACAAUGUAAUCAAAUCGGAAUAUAACCCUUCGUCGAUCAAGUAUCGGAUUGCCCUCUUCGCGGCGUACCAUGUGCCCGAUGUGCGGUUCGUGCAAUGUGAGACGCUGUGUGUGGGGCAGGAAGAAGCCGCAUUGGUGAUACGCAUCACGAACCCUACCCUAAAUGAGAUGACAAUGUCACUGCUGGAGCUUCUGACACCAGAAGAAGAACGACAAAUGAUCGAAGAGCAACAGCUACGAGCAACUGCCGCAGUGACUACGUCUGGUAGCACCAGCGCCACCAGCACUAGCGGUCCUGCUACCCUUUCCAGCAUAAGUCCAACAUUUGCCAAGCAGGCGACACUGCUCGAGAAGCCAAGGAUGGUGGAUCGUACUACCAACGGUACACUGAAGCUUCCCGAUAGCAGCUUCAAGAUCAGUCAGCGGGAUGAUUCAGCCGAAUUCGACGAAGUCAUCCAAUUGCACACCAAUGAACAUGAACCAAGAUUCAUUGUUUGGCGAAAAGCGAACCACGUUGGUGUACGACUCGGAGUGCAACCAAACCCGGAUGCGCAGGUCGGAGAUGAGAUGGUCGUAGGUUUCACUCUGCACUAUACCUACGUUAGUACGGUAGUCGAUAAGAAUGUAACCGCACCUUCCAAGGAGCAAAAACGCCAUGCGCUAUCCACGCGCAUCUACAUCUCGCUGGGAAAACUGCAGCCCGCAGCGCAAUAGACGGCAUUUCAUAUUUUAUUUAUUCGGUUAUCUGCAAUCAGUGUUCUUUGUUAAAAUUAAAAUUGGGAAGAAAUUAUUCUUGCUGGAACCCCAAUAAUGGGUACAAGUUCGAACACACCGCUCUCCGUAGAAUAGUUUUUUUUCCUAUUAUUUAUUUUUCGCUUUGGGCUUCAGCUACCCGAUGUUUGGUUACCCCUUCGCAGCACCAAGUUGCUUCGGCCAGCUGUUGCACUGCUUAUCUUCCGCCGCCUUCAACUCACCGGAUCCGUUAAUUGGUUUUACAUUCAAAA